AUGUCAGCUCCAGCCUCAGCCAACAUGUACUCCAAGCUGCUUCCCAUAGUCCUCCUCCUGACCGGAGCCCAGGCAUGGAUGCCCUAUGAAAGGGAUCUAUACAGGGCCACGGGCACAAAGCGCUGGCUCCCCAACGCGGACAAGAUCCGCGGUGUCAAUCUGGGCUCCCAGUUCAUCAUCGAGCCCUGGAUGGCCAACGACGCCUGGAACAGCAUGGGCUGCGGCGGCUAUAACGACGAGUGGCAGUGCACCCAAGCCCUCGGCCAGGACGCCGCCAACGAGGCCUUUCGCGGCCACUGGGACACCUGGACCACUCAGGAGGACAUUCAGCAGAUCGCCAGCCUCGGCCUCAACACCAUCCGCCUCCCCGUCGGCUUUUGGCUCAAGGAGGACCUCGUCAAGGACGACGAGCACUACCCCCAGGGUGGUCUUGAGUACGUUGACAGGCUCGUCGGGUGGGCCAGAGACGCCGGUCUCUAUGUCAUCAUGGACCUCCACGGCGGGCCAGGCUCGCAGUUUGCCAACCAGCAAUACACCGGCCACGGCGUCGACUACCCCGGCUUCUACACCGCCGACAACUUUGGCCGCGCCGCCGAGUUUCUCUACUGGAUGGCCGACCGCAUCCACACCAACGCCAACUACGCCAACGUCGGCGCCCUCCAGGUCAUCAACGAGCCCGUCCACGCGGGCCAGAACCCCUCCGAGGCUGCCUACAUGAUCGAGAGCUUCUACCCCAACGCCUACACCUCCAUCCGCAACGCCGAAGACGCCCUCAACGUCGCGGACGGCGACAGGCUGCACAUUCAGUUCAUGGGCAACGCCUGGGGCGCCGGUGAUCCCACGAGCAGCCUGCCCAGCACGGGUCAUACCCUCUUUGACGACCACCGCUACUACAAGUGGGACGGCAGCGUCGAGACCACCAAGGACGGCUACAUUAACGCCGUCUGCAAUGACAACCGCGAGGACGGCAUCGUUGUCGGCGAGUGGUCCAUCGCCGUCGCCGACGACGUGGAACACAACGACGAGUUCAGCAUCAGGGACCGCCCCGACCAGGUCGACUGGUACCGGUCCUUCUUCAACGCCCAGGUCCAGACUUUUGAGAGGAGUGCCGGAUGGGUCUUCUGGACGUGGAAGUGCAACUGGAUUGGCGGCAUGGACGAGUGGCGCUGGUGCUACAAGUCUGCUGUGGCGGCCGGUGCAAUCCCGGACGACGCUGCCAGUGCUGCUGGGAAUAGUCCUUGCUAG